AUGGCCACAUCCAGUCAACUCCUUCUGGAACAAGCAUAUUCUUCCAGCUCUGGAGACACUUCUAGUUACCCUAAAGGCAAAGUUAUGGCACUAAAGUUAAUGAAGAAGACCAAGACAAAGAAGGAUAAUUUUCUAAUGGAAUACUGCGUAUCCUUGUGCCUUUCCUCACAUCCCAAUAUCAUUAGCACAUUUUCAGUGGCCUUUGAAACAAACAAAUAUUUUGCAUUCGCCCAAGAGCUGGCAACUGCAGGAGACCUCUAUUCUAUCACUGUGGCUAAAGUUGGAUUACCAGAGACAAUUGUAAAACGAUGUGCCAUGCAGUUGGCUGAAGCUUUAGACUUUAUGCACAGCAAAGCACUUGUUCACAGAGAUGUGAAGCUAGACAACGUUCUUAUUUUUGAUAAGGAUUGCCACUGCAUAAAGCUUGCAGACUUUGGAUUAACGCGACUCGAAGGUUUUCCGGUGUCUCCUAUGAAAGGGAUUCUCCCUUAUUCACCUCCUGAGCUUUGUAGCUUAGAAGAUAACGAGACCCUUGAACUUGACUCCAGUCUUGAUGUUUGGUCUUUUGGUAUUCUUCUGUUUUGCAUUUCCACUGGGUACUUUCCCUGGGACAUGGCAUUAUUGAAGGACAAGCAGUAUGAAGAGUUCAGUAACUGGCAGAGCACAGGGGAUGAUAACCAAAAUAUUCCUUUUUAUUGGAAGCUGUUUACACGGCAGGCAUUGCACAUGUUUAACAGACUACUUUCUAUUAAUGCAAACAGGAGGAGCCCAGCUAUUGAGAUCCAAAAAUACCUAAGUGUCCCAUGGAAAAUGAACAGUGUGAAAGAUAACAGUAACAUACAAGGAAAUUCAAACACUAUGGAGCAAUGUGUUGAUAACAUGAACUUAACGCAAGAUACAGCGAGCACUUACAUGUCAACCAAACAUUUUUCCAUGCCUUCUGAAGAAAAAGUCUCAGCAACCACUCGUGCUGCAAACAUUUGCGAGGACACAGACGAGGACUCUAUGACACAGUAGCUAGCUUGCACACUGUAUUAUUAAACGUUUUACUUUUGUGAAAACUGUUAUAAUAGUCACAGAUGUUUGCAUUUUUUCUAGAAGAGAGUUACUUACAAAAAAGUCUAAUUU